AAAGAAGCAAAGCCCCAUAUAUCUGAGGGUGAGUAAGUUUCAUAAGGUUCCCGGCUUAAAAAAAUCCUUUUUCAUCCAAAUCAUUCCAAAUUGGCGAAUAAUGUGUUUGUUAAAUUACCUUUGAUUUCUCUACCUUCUAUCGAUUUUUGUAUACUUAUUUAUCUAUUUUCUGCUUACAAUCGUUCCCAUUUUGGUUCUCUGGGACACUCAAAGCGAUGAUUUUUUCCAGGAUUGGACGCUCUUUCUCACGAUCUUCCCGUUCCAGAAACUUGUUGUAUGGGGGUCGAAGGCCAGCCACCUUGAAUGAAAACGAAGGGUUUUUGUCAGUGGCGGGUGUUAAUACGUAUCAGAGUGGCGGUCGCGUAGAUGGGGCUUUAGGGUUUUUGAGAAGCUAUAUUACUUCUAUUGGAGCUCGAAAGGUUUCUGCUUCGGAUUUUCCUUACAUUCUCGGUAACCCUGAAUUUCGUAGACUUUUCUCCAGCGAAGCCCCAAAGAAAAAGAACUAUGAGAACUUCUAUCCCAAGGAAAAGAAGGAAAUUCCUAAAGGGGACGAGCAGAAAUCUGAGUCCAAAGAUGAAUCAAAUACUGAUGAUCGUGGAAGUUUUCAGGAGGCUUUUAUGAAGCAGUUCCAAAAUUUAAUAACCCCUUUGUUAGUGAUUGGAUUAUUCCUUUCCUCAUUUAAUUUUGGUCCCCGUGAACAACAACAGAUUAGUUUCCAAGAGUUUAAGAACAAGCUUCUGGAACCAGGUUUAGUUGAUCGUAUAGUUGUCUCAAACAAAUCAGUUGCAAAAGUAUAUGUAAGGGACUCACCACGUGAUCGAGCUAGUGACGAUGUUGUCCAAGGACCCAUUAGUGGUACCCCUGCUCGUGGAAGUCGCGGUCAGUACAAAUAUUACUUCAAUAUUGGAAGUGUUGAAUCUUUUGAGGAGAAGUUGGAGGAAGCUCAGGAAGCAUUGGGAAUAGACACUCACGAUUUUGUUCCUGUCACAUAUGUCUCUGAAAUGGUAUGGUACCAAGAAUUGUUGAGAUUUGCACCGACACUAUUGCUUUUGGGAUCCCUCCUCUACAUGGGACGGAGAAUGCAAGGUGGGCUAGGUGUUGGUGGGGGUGGGGGUAAGGGUGCUCGUGGAAUAUUCAAUAUAGGAAAAGCCCAUGUUACAAAAGUAGAUAAAAAUGCAAAAAAUAAGGUCUAUUUCAAAGAUGUUGCUGGUUGUGAUGAGGCAAAGCAAGAAAUAAUGGAGUUUGUGCAUUUCCUAAAAAAUCCAAAGAAAUAUGAGGAAUUGGGAGCCAAAAUUCCUAAAGGAGCACUGUUGGUAGGCCCUCCAGGAACAGGAAAGACCCUUCUAGCUAAAGCAACUGCAGGAGAAUCAGGGGUACCCUUUCUUUCAAUUGCUGGUUCUGAUUUUAUGGAGAUGUUUGUUGGGGUUGGGCCAUCCAGGGUUAGGAACUUAUUUCAGGAAGCAAGGCAGUGUGCUCCAAGUAUAGUAUUUAUCGAUGAGAUUGAUGCAAUUGGUCGAGCAAGGGGGCGGGGAGGCUUCUCAGGAUCCAAUGACGAGCGUGAAAGUACUCUAAAUCAGUUGCUGGUAGAAAUGGAUGGCUUUGGAACAACUGCUGGAGUUGUUGUUCUUGCUGGCACCAAUAGGCCUGAUAUUUUGGACAAAGCUCUUUUGAGACCUGGUAGAUUUGAUCGCCAAAUUACCAUUGACAAACCUGAUAUUAAAGGUCGUGAUCAGAUUUUCCAAAUCUAUUUAAAAAAGAUCAAACUUGAUCACGAGCCAUCAUAUUUCUCUCAAAGGCUUGCAGCUCUCACUCCUGGGUUUGCUGGAGCAGACAUUGCAAAUGUUUGUAAUGAAGCUGCUCUUAUUGCUGCAAGAAACGAGAGUGCUCAAGUUACUAUGGACCAUUUUGAGUCAGCUAUUGAUAGGAUCAUUGGUGGUUUGGAGAAGAAGAACAAGGUUAUAAGCAAGAAUGAACGCCGAACUGUUGCUUACCAUGAAUCAGGUCAUGCUGUGGCUGGUUGGUUCUUAGAAUAUGCUGAGCCCUUGUUGAAAGUUACAAUUGUUCCUCGAGGCACGGCUGCACUUGGGUUUGCCCAGUAUGUUCCCAAUGAGAACCUUCUCAUGACUAAGGAGCAACUCUUUGACAUGACUUGCAUGACCCUUGGUGGUAGGGCUGCUGAACAGGUUAUAUUGGGGAAAAUCUCUACAGGAGCACAGAACGAUUUGGAGAAGGUAACAAAGAUGACCUAUGCCCAAGUAGCAGUCUAUGGUUUUAGUGAUAAGGUCGGUCUCCUAUCCUUCCCUCAGAGGGAGGAUUCAUUUGAGAUGACCAAGCCCUAUAGCAGCAAAACUGCAGCAAUUAUCGACAAUGAAGUACGAGAAUGGGUUGCAAAGGCAUAUGAAAAGACGGUCCAACUAAUAGAGGAACACAAAGAACAAGUGGCACAAAUUGCAGAAUUGUUGCUUGAAAAGGAAGUACUUCACCAGAAUGAUCUGCUUGAAGUCCUGGGUGAGCGGCCAUUCAAAUCUAGUGAAAUCACAAACUAUGAUAGAUUCAAGCAAGGGUUCGAAGAGGAAGAUAAAAAGUCAAUGAAGAUCCCAUUGAUUAAUGGGGCUGAGGAGGAAGAUGGGUCUACACCCCUGGAACCUCAGGUUGUCCCUAGUUGAGAUCACUACUAGGGAUGUUUGAAUUGUACAUGAAAUAAAAAAAAUUCUGCGGAUUUUUUUUUAUUCUGCUCCUUAAUUUUAUUUUUGCUAUAUUCAAAUGUUUUAACUUUUUUUAACAUAUUCAUGUAAGGACAAAAUUUGUAUACUUUGAUUUUGUUGCCGUAGUGUAGUGUCACCAUUACUUUGA